AUGGAUGACAACGUUACAGUGCAUGAACUGCAGUCGUCGCCUCCUCGAGGGCUCCCUGUACGGCUGUCGGGGGUGCUGAGUGACGCCACGUCGUCUGCGCGAGGCGCAGUCUCAGGAGCGCUGAAGAUAGACCUCCCGCCGCCAUUCAAAGACAGAGGGGCUACUACUCCCCUGAGCGUUAUGGCAGAGAUACUUCCCGGAGAUCCAGUCCUAGCCCCAAUGCACACCAGAGAUACAGGGAGCAGGACACUGACUGGAAAGGCCACUAUCCCUCCUCCCCCAGAUCAGGGACCUAUGCUAGAUAUGAGCGUACGGAUUAUCCUCGCAGUCCCAGCCCAGCGGCGAGGGGACGUAGGGAUCCCAGCCCACGUUCAAGACAAAGUGUGA